AUGUCUUCAAUGGGCAUCCCACAACUGUCAGUCGUCAUGGGCCCUUGCACAGCCGGAGGAGCAUACGUCCCCUCCAUGAGCGACGAGAGCAUCAUUGUCCAAGAACAAGGCCAUAUCUUCCUCGCCGGCCCACCACUAGUCAAAGCAGCCACCGGAGAAGUCGUGAGCGCAGAAGACUUAGGCGGCGGUAGACUGCACAGCGAAACCAGCGGCGUAACAGACUAUCUUGCCGUCGACGACGCCCACGCUCUCGUGCUCGCCCGCCGCUGUGUCGCAAACCUCAACUACCCUGCCUCGUCCCCAAAACCAGAACCUUGGAAAGAACCCCUCUAUGAUCCCGCAGAAUUGGAUGGCAUCAUGGGCACAAAUCUCAAAACUCAAGUCGAUGUUCACGAAGUCAUUGCUCGUAUUGUUGAUGGCUCCGAGUUUGCAGAGUUCAAGCCUUUGUAUGGCAGUACUUUGGUCACGGGCUUUGGACGCGUUCAAGGCCAUCAAGUUGGCUUUGUCGCCAACAAUGGUAUCCUGUUCUCAGAGUCUUCACUCAAGGGCGCUCAUUUCGUUCAACUCUGCAAUAAACGGCGCAUUCCACUGGUCUUCCUGCAAAACAUCUCUGGCUUCAUGGUUGGUCGCGAUGCCGAGAAAGGAGGCAUUGCAAAGAAUGGUGCCAAACUAGUAACCGCUGUGGCUUGUGCCGAUGUGCCCAAGUUUACCGUGGUAUUUGGUAGUUCUGCCGGAGCAGGCAACUAUGGCAUGUGGUGA